AUGCGGGCACCUAGCGGACACACGCGCGCGGGCCUCAUGGGCACCGUGCUGAGCUUCAGCCCGCGCGAGCGGCGCCCGCCAUCUGCUGCCCCGCCGCCCGACCGCGCGGCCCUCGCGUACUCCUACGAGAGACUCAACAACGCCAAGAACAGAGAGAACCGCGACCUGCCGCGGGACGAGCGACGCGCCACACUCGACGACGCGGCCAAGAUCAUCUCCGAGAAGACGGCGCUGGAGAAGAACUUGAAGAAGCACUCGCUGUUCAUCAACGCCUUGUCCUGGAAGAGGUUCUCCACCGCCAACAACAACAAGAAGAAGUUAGAAUGCAAGAGCAAGAGCGUGUCCACGUACCGGGCUCCGUUGACGGACAACGCGCCGCUGGACAGGAACAAGAAUGUCAGCUUGGGAGGAGUCACGUACGCGAGGGCCGUGGCGCCGCUGCCGGCCGCGGAGGUCGCGCGGACGAACGCACUCAACAACAAUGUGUGCUAUGAGAAGUUGCCGACGUCGGUGGGCCCGCCGGUGGCCGCUCCGAGGAAGACGGUCAUCCAGGCGUCUACUUCUGAACUACUCAAGUGCCUGGGCAUGUUCCUGCACGCGCGCUGUCACCGCCUGCGAGACUUCCAGGCCGGAGACGCGGUCAUGUGGCUGAGGACGGUGGACCGCUCGCUGCUCCUGCAAGGUUGGCAGGAUGUGGCGUUCAUCAAUCCGGCUAACGUGGUCUUCGUGUAUAUGCUUGUUCGGGAGCUGGUGGAUGGAGAGCGAAUAGCUCGUCCUCAAGAAUUACAAGCUGUAGUACUUACCUGCCUCUACCUUUCAUACUCCUACAUGGGCAACGAGAUCUCCUAUCCAUUGAAACCCUUCCUAGUUGAGGAUUCUAAGGAUAAGUUUUGGGACCGCUGCCUUCUCAUCGUUGAUAGGCUAUCCUUCAACAUGUUGAGAAUCAACUCCGAGCCUGGGUUCUUCACUGAAGUGUUCACGGAGUUGAAGGCGUGUGGUACAGUGGACAGCCCCCCUCCCGCGCCGCUCCAUCCAGCGCCCGCCCCCCCUCACGCCCUCACGGCCGCCUGA